GUUUCCGGCAAUCCGGGCGCCUAUCGUGUUAAGGCACUCGGGACCAUUCCAGGCCCAGGCGCAUUUCAUCCACAUCCAAGUCGCACACCUCGAAUCCCAAACUGCGGACGCCCUGCAAGAGAAGGAAAACCACAAUUUUAAGGAAAACAAGGACCAAAGUAUCCUGCCCAGGUUUCGUUUGACUAUCAACUUUACCAUCACCGGCUUUGCAAUAUGAGUACUUUUGGAAGUCCUGGCGCCUUGCCAACAACAAAGCCCACGCCGCCCCAGAGAGGGAGCUUUCCCCUGGAUCAUGACGGAGAAUGCAAACACGUCAUGACAACCUACCUUGCCUGCAUCAAGAGGGUCAAGGGAGUCAACGAAGAUGAGUGUCGGUCGCUGGCAAAGGCCUAUCUCGCAUGCCGCAUGGAACGCAACUUGAUGGCCAAGGAUGAUUUCAAAAACCUAGGCUUCAAAGAAAACGAACCAGCAAGUACGCCCGCUGAGGCUGAAAAGGGUGUGAAGGGAGAGUUGCGGUGGUGAGAGACUCGAGUUGCCACCAGCGUUGAAGAAAAAAAAAAAAAAAAACCCUUCUUUGGCCUUGCUUUCCCGGAGCGGUAUCCGACUUUGCCGACGUCUCCUUCCAUUUCUCAAAUCGUCUGUCUUGUCAAAAGCUUGCAAGUUGUACCACAAACACUUGCUACCCCUGCCAUCAGCUAGCGCCAACCAUUUGUGCGGAGGGCGGGGGCCAUCACCGUUACGGCUCCGAGUUUACCGUUUCACAAGUCCGCUACCGGGUCGGCCGCAUUAAUUCGUCCUACUGACAGGCAAGAACGGCAAGACAACGUGGAGGUCGGAACUAAAUGUCUUCCGGAAAGCUGGAUCAAGUCAAGACGGCUCUUCUUGCUUCUCCAUCUUUCUAAAAUGGAUCUCGACUUCCAUCUUCAAAAAGGCCUUGCCGUUG